UCCGACACACGUGACCGCCGCCUCAGACCCACGUGACCACAGAGCUAGCUCCGUGGAAAGGCCUCAGUACAGCCUCGGCCCCUCCUGGAAGCUGUUUCGGGAUUUUGAGUCUCUGUGCUUGUGAAUUCUGUUUUGGAUAUUAUUGGUGCAAUUGUUGGACAAAAUGACUUGCUGUGGUAUUAAUUGCACUAAUAGAGCGUCCAAGGAGUCUCCACUUCAUUUUUUUCGCAGGCUUGGAGUGACACCUGUGUCCAUUCUUCCAUCCGGUAAUCCCCAGCGGUCAGGCCAGGCAGCCUGACCGGUGGGGCGGCUAGUUUCUGCGCGGGCUGACCGCUCGUGGAGCUCUCAGAGACAGAUCUGACCGGAGAAAUACUGCAGCUCGGUGAGAAGUCUAUAGGGCAUACAGCGUUUCCCUUAAAUCCCACCGCCACGCCGACAAGAUCCCAAGUUUCUUUGUUUUUGUUUGCGCUGUUUACAGAAGAAGCAGCGGGAACUAAUAUGUUGUCGCUUGUGAUCACAGCCGGCGGGUAGCAAGUAUGUACAGUCUAUGAUUUUACCGCUCCCUCCUGCAGUCUUCCCCUAUUAAAAUUUAAAAUGUGUAACUUCAUGUAUUGGGAUGAAUGACUGAUAUUCAUGUUAAACUCAAACGUUAGGUAUUUAGGGGGAAAAAACAAAAUAAUAAACAUUAUACAGAUGUCAAAUAAAUCAAACUGUAAUUAAACUACACUCUUAAAAAUGCUGGGUUAUUUUGCUAACCCAACUGCUGGGUUAAGGCUGAUUUUUAAGCAGUUGGGUCAAUUUAAUACAACAUUGGGUCAAACAUUUUGACCCAGCAUGUUGGGUUAAAAGGGGCGGUAAAAAGAAAGAUCCUCCCCCUCCUCUGUGCCAGCUUCACCAUUUUAAAGUGGAGGAUGACAAGGACUUGCCUCAUUUCCAUGGACCUUCACACCAGCAAUGUUUAAAAAUAAGGUAAGAUGUUGAUGAUGGAGUUUGAAAAUGUGUUCUGGUAAAGCAGUUGAAGGCAGGUAAUGCAGUAAACAAAGAGAUUUUAAGCCUACAAGAGAUUUUCAACCGAAUAUAGCUUCGAGUAGCUAGCUAGCUAUAGCUUCCUAGCAUCAAUCUACUUCAUUAGAUAUAAUGGAACAGAAAAUCUGUGACACAACUAUCUGCUCCAGACAGUGUUUUACCAUUUGUCCACCCUCCCUUUGUUUGUUAGACAUGAUGAGGCUCAGGAAGUUAGGCUUACUAUGCAUAGCAUCCCCACUAGCAGCAGGGGCUCUUUAUGCUGCGGUCUGUGCAAUACCUCCCGCUACUUGUGUAGCUCAGCACUACUUCUUUGGUAGUACCAAUUCUACUAUACAUUUCUGUGGGGAAAUGAGACAGGAGACCAAUAGGCAUAGUGCUACAGGAGAAUAAUAGCUUAUCUAAGUGGUUGCGCGCAGCUUUCCCGCUACUGUAACUGUUGCUGGGCAGAUUACGUUCACAGGUUCAUAUGCAUGUUACAUAACGGCACGCGCGCCAACUCCACAACCCCUGUCCCUGGGGUGGGGAGCAAACAAAUGGCGGCGCAACGCGCAAACUGCUACUGCUUUCAGUUGACAACAGCUCGCGCUACAUAGCGGUGAAAUAAAAUAUAAUCAGUGUCAGUCAGAGUCGUGUGCAGCAGCGCACAAAUAAACGGGCGGACAUUAACGUGAAAGUUAAUAGGUUCCAGCUGAUGAAGCACGCCAAAGGUAAACUGCUUGAUAAUCCAUCCGAAUCAUGGGAGCCAGAGUUUCAUGAUAAUGCCCGGUUUAUUUCACUCAAGAUGGAUGAAUUUGUGAAGGACAAACUUCUGGAAUGGAACCUCUCUGAAUACAUCCCUGCUUUUGAAGCUGAAAAGAUUGACAAAGACAGCCUUUUCCUCUUGGAUGCGAACAGCUUGACGACUUUGAUACCUCUCCUGGGUCCACGCCUGAAAAUUCAGAAUAAUUUAAAAAGAUUACUUGAGGAUUCAAGCCCUAAACAAACGGAGUCUGUUUGUGCACCAGCUGACAAAUUGCAGCACGUGGCUCCUGUCCAGGGUGGAACAUCAUUUAAUAUCCGUGAGAUACUCAACAAAACACCUGAUGGAAGAGCAAUAGUUCACAGCCUUGAAGAAAGCCAUCACAUUUCUAUAAGUGAGAGAAGAUCCAUGGUCAGGAUACUUGUGUCCCACCUGAUUGAGUGCUUUGGAGAGAAUCCACCCUCGGAAUCAAAGGCAUUGCUGGCAUCAUCAGUAGUGGAGCAGUUUCCAUGUCUAAAGGACAGUCUUGGCACAGGCUAUGAUGCGUGGUUCACCCCAGGAAGGAAACAUAGACCUGCAACAGGAUUCCUAGAGGAAUGUCUCCGCAAUGUGCGAAAGAGGUCACGCUGCGACACCCAGAAUAAGUCAACACCUCAAGCGCCACAAAAAUGCCAGAUUGUUUUGCCUGAACCUACUGUAUCUCCAGAGCGAGCCAUCCAGAUGACAGAAUGGCUGAAAAACAAUAUCUGGCCACCAUCACAAGUUUCCCAGUAUAUGCUGGAGACCGCUAUCCAACGAGCCCAGUGGAUUAGAAGCAAUGGGACAAUGUCAAUCAGAGAAAUAAUGGCCGAGUUUCCACGUUUGGUUGACACUCCAGGCAUGAUUUCUCAGGACUUCUCUGUGCUACACCCAGACUCCUCAGAGAAAUUAACUGCAAGGUGGAGCCACGUGUUCUCCCGAAAGAUCAUCCGCAUGGCCAGAAAAGAAGACGCAGCUAACCGUCUCAUCGACAUAGAUUCGCUUCCAGCAGACAAACAGGAAGAUGCCGCUUUGUUGUUGCUCCCACUGAUUCUCCCUACUGCACCAUACAAAGUUGGAAGGAGACUCCUCCGACCCAGCAGCGUGGUUCGCAAGGCCUUCAUUGACAUCCAGCCAACUGGAACCAACAUGGUGGAGUACCUGACCGGGGCCACAACAGACGACCCACAUGUUCUUAUGCUUGGUGAAGACCAUCGAUGUUCCCAAGCAUUCGUUAUCCUCAAUGGGACUGCCAUGGAAUAUCCAUCACUUUUGGGGAAGGACCUGAUUGGUGUCCAGAACCUGCUGAAGAAGCACCAGGCUCUGCAGGCUGAGAUCACAGGUCAUGAACCUCGCAUCAAGGCUGUCACCCAGAAAGGAGAGACCAUAAUGGAGGAAGCAACAAGUGGCUCCAACUGACGAUGAGACCGGGAAGGAGCUGGUUCUGGCUCUGUACGACUACCAGGAGAAGAGUCCUGGAGAGGUCACCAUGAAGAAGGGCGACAUCCUCACGCUGCUCAACAGCACCAACAAGGUUGUUUUACUUGAACUCGCGUCUUUAGCUGAAUGAGGAUGGAGAGACGGGUCGGACCUGGAGCAGGUCGAGGUCUUGCAGAAGAAGUUUGACGACUUCCAGAAGGACCUGAAGGCCAACGAGUCCCGCCUGAGGGACAUCAACAAGGUGGCAUCUGAACUGGAGUCAGAAGGUCUGAUGGCUGAGGAGGCUCCUAUGGUUCAGGCUCAGCAACAAGAACAUCUGGGUUCUGCUCCUGGAAAGGAUGAAGCCGACUCUAACCCCGGCUUUCCACAGGAGCCGUCAGCAGCACGUUACUGCAGCAGCACGUCAUAGCUGCUGAUAGGAACCGCUGUGGUCAACAGAACCUUUUCCACUGGAGCCG